CCGGGUCUGGCGCCGCCUGCGGAGCCGCCCGCCCCGGGGCGAGGAGCCGGGCCCGGCGGGGUAGGGGAUGGCGGCCGCGGGGCUCGGCGCGGCUGGUAGAGCGGGGGUGGGUGUGCGCCGCCGGGCCGAGCCGCCGCUCCGGCUGCCGGUGGCCGUGGCCGCGCGGGGCGCCGUGUCCCGGGCAGCUGCGGGGCCUCCCGCCCCUCCGGCGCAGGGCAGGCCGGCAGCGCCGCCGGGGAGCGGCUUCCCUGCGCCCGCAGGGCUCAGAGAUGGAUUCAUCAGAACGAUCAACAAUCAGAAGUGAGCAGAAAUCCAGAAAAUUCUUAAAAAGUCUAAUACGAAAACAGCCUCGGGACCUUCUUCUUGUAAUUGGAACUGGGGUAAGUGCUGCAGUAGCCCCAGGGAUCCCAGCGCUGUGCUCCUGGAGAAGCUGCAUUGAGGCUGUAAUUGAAGCAGCUGAACAGCUGGAGGUGCUUCAUCCAGGAGAUGUUGCUGAAUUUCGUAAAAAAGUAAUCAAAGACAGAGACCUGCUUGUGGUUGCACAUGAUCUCAUCAGGAAAAUGUCACCACGUACUGGGGAUAUGAAGCCCAACUUCUUCCAGGAUUGUUUAAUGGAGGUGUUUGAUAAUUUAGAACAACACAUUCAGAAUCCUGUUGUUCUGCAAUCGAUCCUGAGACUCAUGGAGAGAGGCACAAUGGUUCUGACUACAAAUUAUGAUAAUUUACUUGAAAUAUUUGGUCAGCAACAGGGUAAACCUAUGGAAUCUUUAGAUUUGAAAGAUAAGGAUAAGGUUCUUCAGUGGGCAAGAGGUCAUAUAAAAUAUGGAGUUCUUCACAUUCAUGGCUUAUAUACAGAUCCCUGUGGAAUGGUGCUAGAUCCCUCGGGAUAUAAAGAUGUUACUCAAGAUCCUGAAGUUAUGGAAGUCCUUCAAAAUUUGUAUCGAACCAAGUCUUUUUUGUUUUUGGGCUGUGGAGAGACCCUGCGUGAUCAGAUAUUCCAAGCUCUUUUUCUUUAUACAGUAAAGAACAAAGUAGAUUUAGAACAUUAUAUGUUGGUGCUUAAAGAAAAUGAAGACCACUUUUUCAAGCUCCAGGCAGAUAUGCUGCUGCACGGAAUAAAAGUAGUGUCCUAUGGGGACUGCUUUAAACAAUUCCCAGAGUAUGUACAAGAUCUGACUGCUCAAAUCUGCAAGCAGAGAAGUCCAGAUGCUGAUCGAGUGGACAGCACAACACUGUUGGGAACUUCAUGUGUGGACUGUGCUAAAAGGAAGUUAGGAGAAAAUGGCAGUGACUCUCCUAAGAGAAGCAAGCAGUCAGAUCAUGAUAUCCCUACUAUUUAAUGAGGGAGAAAAAAGAACCCACCAAACCCAACCCAGAAGCUUUUUAACAGCAGGUGUUUUACAUCUGCUGCCUGGAAAGUUUUGAGCUGAGUAUUUCCAUGGUUUUAAGUGGAACAAAAAUUGUGCAUUUUAGCCUUUUCUUUUCUAGAGCUGUAAAUUUAUAAUGUAUGUAAAGCUUGAGAGUCGUACUAGUCACUCUGCAGGCAUUUCCAUACUACUAAAACUGUAUAUGCAGGGUCACAUAGAAGCAGGUACAAGUUUUCUCUGCCUGUGCUUCAAGCCAGUUGGACCAAGCUCUUACUGAGGUGAAGCCGCAACAGAGGUGAUGUUUGAAUCCGUCAAAAAUGGCUUUGGGCAUACCUGUGACUACCUGUUAGUUGCCUUUAAUACGAAGGGGGGUUGUAUUCUUUUCUCACGAGCUGAUCUGCAGUUAGGCUGCUGGAGGUUGAACUUUUCAGGGGUCUGUCAGCACAAGGCUGCUUGCACGCUUCAGCUCCCUCAGCUGUUAGGAACAGGGAGUGUUGUUUCAUGUUUCCAGAACCCACAUCACAGUAACCUGAUGAUUUUACACUUCAGCUACAAGUAUUUGGUUUUGUUUGUCAGUCUGUUAAGGCGUGAGAUCACCUGGGGAGAAAAGGAUGCACCAUAUGUACAUGGGAGCUUGCUGACUUAUUUGCAGUGUAUUCCUAUGGAAGUAUUUUAAAUGUUUAAAUCAUAGAAUGUGCUGUCAGUUAUCUCUGAAAGAAGAUAAUGGAUAGUCUUAACACAGCAGAAUUAAACCCAGUUAUAUCUAAUUAUGUAUCUGUAGACAAUCUCUACUGUGUAAGUUUGACUUCAGUGGAACUACUCAAGUGAUUAAGGUUAGGCACUGCAUUAACUGUUGGUUUUUUCUGAGGAGCUGCUACUUCACUUACCACUGAAUUGUCUCAGCACUAAACUGACAUAAUUGCUAACACUGGUAUUCUGAGAUUUUCUGGUCAGCUGCCUCUCACCUCAGUGUCUGCAGGGGAGCGUGUUCAGGACUGUUCCUUGUCCUGACGCCGGCACAUUCCUAUCUGGCAGUCCUGGACAAGGCUGCUUCAGCCAGGCUUCUCUACUUACGUUCCCUCGUGGAUUUGAUCUGUUGCACCUUCUGAGAUCACAUCACACUAUAAUUAGGUUUUACAGGGGGUGGAAGCGAUGGGUCUAUCAGAUGACCUUUCCCUCUGAAUUGUGGUAUAUCAACCCUUCACGGCUGUGUCACAAAAACAAUUUCUGCUUAUUCUCCAGCAUGUAUGUGUGCAAAGUGAAAAGCUUAAAAGUGAAGGGCGUGCUUCUUUCUAGACUAGUAACUACCAAGAUGGGUAGAGUUUCUGUGAUGUGGAAGUCUCUCCCCGUUCUGAAGUAGGUGAAGGUCUGAGGAGGUUUUACUUAGGAAAGCAAUCUUAAACAAUGCCUGCGCACUGACUUUUGUCUCUUCAACCCCAGAAGGAAACAUCCAGUUGUCUUUUAUGACUGCCAGUCUGGAAACCUGGAGUUUAGUAUAUGAUAUAAUUGCUAUGGACCUCGUAAGUGGAAGUUCUCAUGGUUUCAGCUGUGUUUUAAAAGGUAAAAAUCAAUAGCAACACCAGCCUGAACAUAGACCAUACAUAUCCUCUCCUUUGAGAAACUUAUUUAUGAUACAUCACUUUUGAACAUCAAGUCAUUUAGCAUCAGGCAUAGUAUUAUUUGUAAGACUAACCUCUGAAAUUUGCUUCUCUAGUCAGUAUGAAUUGGCUGUUUUCAAAAGUGAUCAGUCAUGCUAUUUUGGAUGCUGAUCUAUCAGCUUAGAACACUUUAAAUUGUUGCUUCAAGCUGUAGCAAAAUUAAUCAGAUGAGAGGAGCUAUUUAUGACCCUGAUUACUGCAAUUAUUCAAGCCCAGCCCUGAAGUUAUGUAACACCUUAUCCUGUGCCUGCAGUCAGAUCCACAUUAAGAAAUCAUAUCCCCUCCCUUUGGCAGCAAUCAACUUACACCUAGCAUUGGUGAUUCUUCAGUUUUGUAGACACUGUUGAACUGCAACGUGUACAACAGCCUCCCCUGACUCAAGUGCCAUUUAUCUGUAUCCUGAAAAGCAGAUGAGUAAGGCAGUGGUUAUUUUAAUGCCUAGCAUACACAGCAAGAAGGUAGAAAUGCCUAGUUUUGUUUUUCUCCCCCCCAUCAAAAAAUAUAUUUUAGUCAUCUUAGGGAUGAGACUGCCUUGAAGCUACCUUGGGGUUUAAAAUACAGUCAAAAGGGACAGAACCUGCAACUUGUUCACUUAACAGAUAAAUGGAACAGACAAGUAACUAGUUUAAGGCCCUGUUCAAAUUAUUACCAGAGUGCUGUGAAAGAACUAACCAUACAAAUUGGCAUGUUAAAUGAUGUUUGCCAAUUCUGUUGUAGAGGGCUCUUUUUCUACUUCAUAUUUUUAUAAUCAUAAUAAUAAAAACUGAAAACAAACUUGCUAUUUAUUAUUUUAUUUUGCUCAAGUAGUGUAAUAAAGGUGAUAGGACAUCUCUGA